GAGGCAGGCGAGUCUUGGGGAGGCUGAGGGGCCAUGUCCUGAACCAAACUGGGAGUCUGGGAGAGUCACAAGAUGGAAGGAGCAUGUGAGGAGGUCCCACUGGGCCCCGGCUGUGCGUUUUGCAGGAGAGCAAACUGAAGUCCAGACUGAAGAAGUGACUUGCCCAAGGUCACUCAGCAAGUAGCAGAGAAAGAAGAGUAGCUGAGUAGCUGGGCCCACCCAAAAGGGAGUUGCACCUGGAACUUGGGAGGUUACCCAGGAGGUUAUCCUGCAGAGGAGCCCGUGUCCUGGUGGCCUUAGACAGCUGCGUUACUGGAUCAAGAUGACCACACCCACCCCCUUCGGAGAUACCACCAUCUUGUCACUGAAUGUGACCACCAAAGAAGAUGACUCUCUGUAUAAAAGUUCUGGAGCCAUCAUUGCUGCCGUUGUGGUGGUGAUCAUCAUCAUCCUCACCGUGGUUCUGCUCUUGCUGAAGAAGUACAACAGGAAAAUGAGAGCAAGACGGGAGCUGGAGCCCAAGAGCCCCAAGUCAGCCUCCCCUUCUGCCCGGGGCCCGAAAAGCAGCCGUGGCAAACACCACGCAACUGUGACCUUCCGCUCUGAUGAUGUCCAAAUGGAGACUCGGUGACCGCCACGCUGGUGCUAUCUCGGCUGCUGUCUGAUGAGCCUUCUCCAGCCAAGAUCAAGAAGCGCAUUCUCCCCUGGCAGCUUCACUAUGUAUUCCUUCCAGUUAGGUCAGCAAGGGCAUCUCAUGCAAUCCCCGCUUCAUGCAACCCCCGCUUCAUGCAACCCCCGCUUCAUGUAACCGCCUCUUCAUGUAACCGCCAACCCCAUGCUUGCUCUGUCCUGCCCCCACCCCCACUUAUGUCCAUACCUCUGCUGCCACCUUACCAGAAAACUGUGGAGCACUCUUUUGUCAUCUGAGGAAGUAGAGCUAUGUUGGGAAUUCAAUGAUGUGGGUUUGGUUCUCUCCCUCUUCACACAUGAUAGCUAGACAGACAGACCAGGAGUUUUCUGGUCAGGGGUCAAAGAUCAGGGUAUGAUCCAAGAGUGUCACAACUGGGUCACAUCAGAAUAAGGGCCAUACCCGCAGCUUUGCAGUGAACUAUUCAAUCCCAUAAUCAGGGGAACUAAUUAAUCAGGAUACCAGCUCAUUAAUUUGUAACAUAUUCCAGUAGCAGAUGACCACUAGCUAGCUCAGGAUGAUUGAUUCAUCAGCAAAGUUUUUCCUCUUUUAAGAAAGGUUAAGGGGAAAAAUGAAUUCUUCUCCAAAGGUUUCUAAUCAUUAAUAGAGUCAUAUUAGAAGGAAUAGGGUGACCUUGAGGAAAAGGGCCUCUGGGCCUAAAGCUUGCAGCAGUGUCCAUGGACCGGGAAUGAGCCUGGUGGCUGUUCGGGGUGCCUCCUCUCCCUCUGGGCAGAUUAACCGUGGCUCGUCUCAUUUCUUGACUCCCCUGGAUAUGGAUUCUGAACGAUCCUCACUCUCCAGUUAACAUGUUAUCUCCAAGGACCAGUAUUUAGAAACUAAUUAGAUUACAACUCUGUAUUACCUAUGCUUUUCCUAGUCACUUUGAAGAGACUCAGGGCACAUUCAAAGUACCAUGUUCACAAAUCAAUUCUAUAGAGAACUGAUGUCUUUGACUCCUUUUCCUGGAGUACAAUCUACUGAGAGGGGAAAGCAUUUUGGAAUCAAGAAGACCUGCCUUCUAAGCCCUAGUCCCUGAUUGUGUGGCCUUGGAAAAGUGACUUGACCUCUCCAUAUUCAGCUUCCUAACCAUGAAGUGGGAAGGAUAACAUCUGCCUCACUAGGUUACAAUCACAAGUCAUGGUCUUAGUGAAGCAGCUCUAGCAGUGCCUGGCACCAGCAAAUGCUUAAUAAAUGGGAGCCAGCAUCACUAUUAUGAAAUUUCUUCAAUUGCAAAAUUUUUUUUCACUUUAAUGAUUCUGAAAUCAAAUGUGUCUUAAAAUUAAUGGGUCCAUUCGUGUAGUCUCCCUCUCUCUCAAUCUCAAAAGGCUGUUUUUUAAGUCAGUUGUGCAUCUCAUAGUGAAGGCAUCUGGAAGUGAGGUAAUAAAUCUUUAUUCUGUAACAGAAAAUGACACUCUGACAUUUAACCUCAGAUUCUAGGAAUCUCUCCCUCUUGGGGUUAGAAUCCCCUUUGAAGGGAAAUUGAGGAUCAGGGAGGUAAGAGGACUGCCCACUGGGUCACAUAGCUCCUCCUGUCAUCCUCACUUGAAUACGUCUGGAGAAACCCUGGCAAAUUCUUCCUUCUCAGACAUCUUUUCUCCGUACUAUUUUUAUC